AUGACGACGGAAGAAGAUGGUAGACACAAAAAAUGUGUUUGGACAGGUCUAGAAGUGAGGGGUCCUAUCAAGAACCUCAGUCCUGUCUUAUGGACAUUCACUCAUUUGACCACACUUUAUCUCAAUGACAACAAUUUACAGAGAAUUCCCCCAGACAUUGUGCAGCUGACCAACUUAAUUCACUUGGAUUUAUCGGGUAAUAAGCUACGUAGCUUGCCAGCUGAGCUUGGUGACAUGUUACAACUGCGAGAACUCUUACUUAACAACAAUUCCUUGAGAAUUCUACCAUGUGAACUGGGAAGAUUGUUUCUCUUACAAAUGUUAGGGAUUUCAGGGAACCCUUUGUCCCCAGAAAUUCUUAACAUGGCUGCUGAACCUCAAGGUACAUCAAAGCUCUUGACCUUCCUUUUGGAGAACUUGACAGGUGAGAUUUGUAGUCAUAUUGCUACCAUGUGA